CUUCAGAUGACAGCAGUGCUCUAACCCACCCUUCUCCCACUCCUGGUGGAUCAAGUCUUGCAGACCCCAACAAGGCUCCAUGAGGUGGUGACACCCAACACAAGCAGCUCUCUGUCCCUUUUUUUUCCAGCUUGUACCAAGAUCAGAGAGGAACUGGAGACACUUGGAAGGACAUCUGCUCAUCUUGAAAAGACGUGGACCUACCAUGGCAUCCCAGACCCCAGCGCUCCCACAGUCCUACUCUCCAGGGACAGACAGUGUUUUUUCUGACCAGUCAGGCUUCUAUUCACUUGACUCUAAUGUACCUGGACUCUCUAAGGUGAUUCUCAACCAGCUCAGCAUGAAGGACUAUGGGGAAUACAGGGCUGCUGUGGAGGGAAAGACUAAAGGAGUCCUCUUCCGCACCUACAAGGAGAUGUUCCAGAAGAUGGAAGAAACCUUCAAGUUCUGCGCUGGCUGUAACAAACUCUCAGAACAUCUUGCCAAGGGACAGACCCUAAAACGCUGUGUGAAGUGUUUGAAUGUGUACUACUGUAUAAAGGACUGUCAGAAAAUGGAUUGGCCUCAACAUAAGAAGGUUUGCAAAGUCCUGCGAUUGGUGGCCAUUGAUCGGUUGGUGGAGUGGCUGAUGUUCACUGGAGAUCUUCCGUUCUCAACUGAAAAAUGGUCCAAGACACCAGCAGAUGUGAAGGGCUGGGACGACUGGCUUCCCAUGCAGGAGGGCCUCACCCAAAGUCUGGACAAAAUCAUAUCCGGUGCCAACAUGGCAACUCUUUGGAAGAACGUAAGCAGGACACGACCAGACGAUGAUGACCUGAGACAGUCCUUAUGGAGAAUUCAGAGCGAGUUCCUCUCUCGGGUUCUCACAGUUGGAAUGGCAAUUCAACACUUUGGGCUGGACCCAUACAUUAAGCCUCUCACUGUUCACCUCGUAGGGGUGUCCCACAAUGAGACUAUGGGAGCCAGAUUGACUGACUUUGAUGAGCUGAGCCACAUGUUUGCAGAACACCAGGGCAUUGAGAUAGUGAUGGUGGGACCAGAGGUGGUGGGUGGCCCCAUCGUGAGACCUCCUCUUAGAGCAUUUGGCCCCAAGCACAAGGUGUAUAUCAGUGCCUAUAAGUGUCUCUACCAUCAGUUCUGGGAGGAUGUGGUGGAGAAAGGGGAUGCAGCCAAGCCAGACGUGGUAGUCGGAUUCCACCCAGGGUUCCACGCCAAUCAGGGUUUGGUUGAAGGCUGGCUCCCCACUCUUCUGCUGCUCAGAGACUACAACAUCCCUUCUUUCUUCACCAUGUACAGUGAGAUGGAGCUCAAGUAUUCCUUCCAGAUCCUGCUGGAGCUGGAGAUGUACAUCAGAGACAGUGGACCCAGUCCAUUCACCUCCCAGAAACCAGAACAGGUCCAGGCCUGUCCUAACAAGCCCCCAGUCUACUGCAACUCUCAUUAUGUCUGUUUCCAGGGGCUGCUGCCUCAGGAGGACUUAGAGGGGCCAGGAGCUGUUAACUGAGCCAGGGCCAGUAGGUGUAAGAAAGAUGUUCUACAGUCUCUGAGAGUCAAACAUUACUCAACCACCACACAGUAAAGUACACUGAACCUAGUUUUACUAAACAGGAUGCCUACCACUGCUUCAAAUGUGUAAGAUACAGAGCUCUGAACAGUAAGGCAAUGCACUAAUCCAUGAGGCAGACUAAAGAAAUCUCUUGAAGCUAAUUUUCUUUGAUUAUGGAGCAGCGAGGCCACAGAGGUUUCUCCUCUGCUGGCACCCUGAGGUAACGCGACUGUUGGAUACAAAGGGUCGUUGUUAUGCAUUCAUAAUGAGGCCUAAAUUGGUUUUGUCAUCAUUUGAUGGCUUCUCUUGAUUCGUUCUGCGGUUAGAGCAAUUAACAAAUCUCCCAGCAGCUGCGUGAAAGGGGAUCAUAUAUUAAUGGAACACAUGACCUGGAAGGACUUUCAUAGGGUUGGAAAUCUUCCCUAAUGUUUUUAUGCUUUAUUGAUUGGUCCUGAGAGAUGUUCUUUAUCAUCUACCAGAAACCUGUCGGUAGCUAAUGGCCUGCUACUGGCCUGGGGGGAGCCUAAAUAUAUUGAUUGUAUUGUAUCAUAUGCACCAUAUUUUAAAGCCAGUAAAUAAAAAAAACACAGAUAAAACCUUGUUGAUCUUUUAACUGUUUUUCAUACCAAAUAAUUAAAUUUAAAACAUGGAUUACUGAUACAAAUGGGGCUUUUAAAUCAUAUCUUUUGAAAUAGGAAGCACAUCUAUAUGUGGAAUAUGACACAACAUCCGUAACUGCAUCUUGAAGUCUAUUCCUCUAUGAAUGUACACAGCAAAGGGAUUAUAUUCUUGACAAUAAAGGUCAUUUUUAAAGGGAAUAUGUUGAAUGGCUGUAAAGCUGCUUAUUGGCAACAGGAGAAAAGUGUAUAAUGAGCACUUUUGCUACAAAAAUCUUUUUUGCAGGACAUGUGGGUAAACUCAGUGGCAGUACAUAGGUUGAAGAGGUCAGAAUACUCUUCAGUCACCGAAAUGGUACCAUUUGGAUACCAGAGAUGCCAGAGAUCGAUUGGAAUCUUGGGUUUGAGGGAAUGAACGAUCAAAGCUGAAGAAAGAAAAAACAACAUGGUUCAUGACACAGGUACUACACAUAGUUCAAGCAGGGAGACCACAGACAGACCAUCAAGACAACUAUUGGUAUUGUUUGUGAGCUUAAAGUUUCUCAGGUCAGAAAAUGCUUUCUUUUUAUUUGUCCUUUGUCCAUACAAAACAUCUGCAGAUUGGUUAAAAUCAUCCACAGCUCUCCCCUGCUGCAGGUUAAUCAAUAAUAUGUAGCUGAAACAGUGAGCUGUUUUUUUUCUCAUUGUCUGAGCUAAAUAAAGGAGAGAAGAUUUGACUUCAGAUGGUUUUUUAACUUCCCUUCCAUCCACUUCUUGUGUAGCAUUAGUUUGAAGUGACUUUUUAGGGGUCAAACAACGUGUUGUUGAGGGGAAAUUAACUGGACUGACAGAGUUUUAGUGAUGUGGAAGGCACCGUCCUCAAGUUGACAUUUUAAGAAGUACAUCACUGUAGUGUAGUUUUACGCCGAUCAUCAGAUCUGAAGCAGAAAUUUUGAGAUCAGUUUAAAAGCUGAUAACAUUUUUUAAUUAAAGUUUAGUGCCGGUGGUCUCUAUGCCAGACUGAGCUUGCAACGGUGAGCUUUCAACUUCCUCUUUAGGGUGGUGGUUUGUUAAGUCUCCAUGCCACUGCUUUCAGAUAAUUACCUUGAAAUCCUUUUCUUCACCAGAUAAAUCACAAAAUAAAUAUUAACUCAAACUUACCUGGAGACCUUAUUGCUACUUUUGUCCUGGGUAGCCACUGUGUUAUGCACUGAUGCCCAUGGUCAUUGUUCCUAACAUAACGUCAUCGCUGCUCUGCCAUUUUCAGGAGCUUUCAGCUUGUUUUCUUCUUGUUGGCUUUUUUAACAUAUUUUUGCAUAUCCGACAUGUAAAUAUAUAUGAUUAUCGUGACCUCCUAGCAGUGCAUAACUGAAACUGGAAAGUUGUCAAAAUGAUGAUAAAUGCCUUUCAAAAGAUAAAAUCUGCAUUUUUUGACAGUUGUAAGAUAAGAUAAGAAAGACUUUAUUAAACCUCACAAUGCUGAAAUUAACUUGUUACAGCAGCUCUUAGAAACACAAACAUAGGGUGCAUAUAGUUAUAAAAAAAUGUGCAAUCAAAGAAAAACAAGCUAGAUAUGCAAAAACAAGUAGUAAUAAUGGAAUACAUAAAAAGAAAUAUUAUAUGUAUCAGAAAAAGUCGUGAUUGUGCUAAAGUGACCAUUAUUGCAGGUAUUUACAAAUACAGAGGUUGUUUCAGUAGAAUUGAACAGUCUGACAGCAGUGGGGAUGAAGGACCUGCAGUAGCGCUCCUUCCUGGCCUGAGGGUGUCUCAGUCGGCCACUGAAGGAACUGCUCAACUCCUCUCCAGUCCGGUGCGGUGGGUGAGAGGUCAUGUCCAUGAUAGAUGUGAGCUAGGCUAACAUCCUCGUCUAACCCACCACCUCCACUGAGUCAAGUAGGCAGCCCAGGACAGAGCUGGCCCUCCUACCCAGCUUGUUCAGUCUGUUCCUGUCCCGCUCUCUGCUGCCUGGGGCCCAGCAGGCGACAGCGAAGAGGAUGGCAGAGGCUAACACGUCAGUUAUGUUCAUUUUUGUAAUGUUUGGUGGCUAAAUUUAUGAUUUCUUCUCUUUGAGCCGGGAUUGCUUGUGAAUGCAACAUAUUUAUGUUUGUACUGAAAGAGACUAUUUGAAAGAUUUUGAUUUUUUUAAACAUUUUUCAAAGUAGAGGAUUUUGGACUGGAUAUAAAACAUGACAAAUUAUUGACCACUUUCAUUUAAUCCCAAUAUUGCUUUAUGUUCUAUUUACCAGUAGUACCUCUUUUCAUAUGGGUUUUAAUCCACAAGGCCAGAAUCUCUAUGGAUGCACUGCAAACAUACACAACAGCCCUAUGGAGUGACUCAUUCAGAGAAACAACUCUUUCUUCCCCUGUUUAUUUGCAGUGAUGACCUUCUAAGAUACAUAAAUAUGUUUACAUGGUGUAGUUUUUCUACCCUGCCUAGCAAUUUAGUAAAAAAGUUGUAGUGCAUUGAUGCAACUCGGGUCUGGGUGAUACUUCUACACUAAUAUACUGUCUAUGAACUGUGAAAAAACGUAAACAGUGUUUUUAUUUUAAUUAAUGAACUAGUUUGCCUUGUUUUUAUGCUUAUGUGGAAAUUCAAAUGCACAUAUUAUAAUAUGAUGGCUUGGACUGUAUGUUGAGUUGUUCGGAAAUAGAAACUGAGUGUAAAAAAUGCCUUGAGAUAAUUUUUUUGUCUUGGAAAUUGGCAGGAUAAAAAUAAACAGAUACAUUAUCUUUU